AUGCUGCCGACUUCACGGGAUCGUAGGGCGUUGGAAAGGAGGCAGCGUGGGGGUCGGGGCAGAGAAAACAACGACGGACACGGAAAUGGCAACGGCCACGACAACAAUCGCGGGAAUGGUCGAGGGAAUGGCAAUGGGAACGGAAAUGGAAAUGGAAAUGGGCACGGCAACGGUAAUGGCAACGGUAAUGGCAACGGUAAUGGCAACGGUAAUGGCAAUGGAGAAAGGAAUGGGAAUGGGAGCGAGAAUGAGAACGACAACGUGAAUGGCAACGGGCAAGGGAACGGCAAUGGCCAACAAAAUAGCAACGCCAACAAAGAGUGGUUGUGCCAUCUAUUGCCGUCAGGUUGCGAAUCUCCGUCUGCUGCUCCGGCCGACCAAGAAACUCUUCCAAGUAAGAACCCCGAUCCCAAGCCACCAACACCGACCGAGCCGGAUCCCAACCCGCCGGCACCGACUAAGCAGCCGGAUCCCAGCCGGCCGGCGAGUGCGUCGCCGAAACCACCCCCGCCGCAUAACGCGCCCCCUGAUGCAGUGAAGCCCACAUCUGCGGCGCCGUCACCUCCUCCACCACCACCUCCAGCCGCAUCUGAGUCUCCCGAGACUACAUCUCCAGCAGCCCAGCCCGCUCCCGCUCCCGCUUCGACGUCUCGACCUCCGAAUUCACCACCCGCAGCCAAACCAAGCACUACCGAUAGGAAAGCGCCGCCCGCUCCAGAUCUGACGUCGCAGGCGCCAGACGUCCUGCCAACUCCUGGGAGCAGUAGUCAGAGCGGCGAUGGUAGUAGCGGGCACGCUGCCGGUGGGAUAGUAACCACUCAAACGGGCAAUAGAGGCCCUUCGGGGAAUGGCCAUGGGACGCCGGUCCCCGGGGGAACAACUUCCACGACGACGGCUAUUGGCGUUGGAACGGAAGUGGGGACUGAGACGCAAACUGGGAUCGGGAUACCGCAGCCAACCGAUACUUCAGGGGAAGACAGCUCAGCAACACAGUCUACACUCACGGCCACGCCUAUCCCAACAUCAUCAGACGGUUCUGUGGCGGGAAUCGGCAAUAACAGUUCCGGCACGCGACCUGACAGCAGCGGACAAUCAGGAGGUGGACUGCCUGCGGGGGCAAUCGCUGGUAUCGUUGUUGGCCUCCUCGUCCUUCUUGCGUUGUUCGCCCUCCUCCUUUACAAAUUCCGGCGGUCGGCCGCCAUUCAGCGUCUGCUGGCACCAUUUAGUAGGUUUACCGGGAGACGAGGUGGCUUUCAACGAGUCGGCACACCGGGCCCAGAAGAUGUCACCGCAAGCUUGAUCAGCCCAUCUACGGGCGGCCUCGCCACUACGUCAACUGCUGCUGCUGCCGCUGCCACUGCCAGUAGAUUCGGCCUGGAGACACGAUAUUCACCAGCUAUGCGCGAACUCCCCCCGCCCCUUCUUGCGUCCUCGAGCCACGCUCCCGAGACCGCGGCCGCCGUCACGAUCGCAGUCGCAGCACCCUCCACACGCGACAGCAACCGCGUCUCCGUCUUUUCCGACGUAUCGGUUGACUCCGCAGACUUCAUACCGUCACCCCUUUCUCCGGCGCCACGACCCUCCGUCCUGUGGUCUCCUGGUACCGUACAAACAUCGCGGCCCGUGGAGGAACCGCCGGACCCGCGGGUCGCUGAGUCUACACACGGGCGCCUUAGCCGGGGGAGUUUUAGCACGUAUAGCAUGGGAGAUGCCAGUAUGGCAAGCGGCGAUGUUGGAGCAGAGGCAAUGUUGGCGUGGCCCUUGCCCACUGGGCCGACGCCCGUGGCUGGGCAGGGGCAGGAAGCAGGUGAUGGGUCGUCGCCGCUGUUGGAUUUCGAUAGUUCCGGUGAGAGGACAGUGAGGAUUCACCAAGGAUCUGGAGGUUUCUGA